AUGCUACUUCCUUCAGCGCCUUUUUUUGUACCGAUCGUUGUCAUCAUUAUCAUCUUUGUUGCAUCCGUGAUGUUUUAUAUAUUCGUACACAAUGCUCAAAAACGAAGAAAACGUAUAUUUCGGGAGCAUGAGCAACGAAUGCGUCGGCAAAUGGAUGACUGGGAGCAACAUAUCAAUGGACGAGGACAACAACAACAAACAGCAUCAAUGCCGGCUCAACUACAACAACAACAUGAUGGCGAGUUACCGCCGCCAUCUUAUGCACAAGCUACUUUACAAUCAACAGCAACUCCAAUUUCAGAACGAACGGAUCACCAAGCAAUAGCUAUACCACCGCCAGCGUAUAAAGAUCAUCGACAAGAUACCCGUGUGCGAUAA